CAACCGCAGCCUGCCGCCGCCUUCUCGCCGACGACACAUCAAACGAUUUAUCCCAUCACCCCACCACUCGACGCCGAAUUUCACCCUCACCCCUAUCAAAAACUGAAAAAGAUACCAGAAUCAAUUCUACAGAAGAAUCCCACAACGCAGCAAAAAUGGAGUUCACCACCACCGGCAUGCUGAACGAAGACGGCAUCCACGUCGACAUGGAGAGAUUAAAGAAGGGCGAGGUCAACCUCGGAACCUCGAUUAUGGCGGUCACUUUCAAGGACGGUGUCAUUCUUGGUGCCGAUUCCCGGACAACGACGGGCGCCUACAUUGCCAACCGCGUCACCGACAAGCUCACACAAGUUCACGACACCAUCUGGUGCUGCCGGUCAGGCUCCGCCGCCGAUACCCAGGCCGUCGCCGACAUCGUCCAGUACCAGCUGGGUUUGUACGCCAUGCGCAACGGCAAGCCCCCUAUGACGCAAACCGCCGCCGCCAUCUUCCAAGAGGUCUGCUACGCCAACAAGGACCGUCUGACCGCCGGCCUCAUCAUCGCCGGCUGGGACGAGCGCCACGGCGGCCAGGUCUACUCGAUCCCCCUCGGCGGCUCCCUACACAAGCAGUCCUACGCCAUCGGCGGCUCGGGCUCGACCUACAUCUACGGAUACUGUGACGAGCAUUGGAAGGAGGGCAUGGAGGAGAAGGAGGCUGUCGAGUUCGUCAAGGGAUCGCUCAAGGAGGCCAUCAAGUGGGACGGCAGCUCUGGCGGCGUCAUCCGCAUGGUCGUCCUUACCGCCAAAGGCGCCCAGAGGCAUCUGUACCUCCCCGACGAGGACUACACGGUGAAGCACUAAAGAGAGGGGCAGCGAAGGAAUAGGAGUGAAGGGAGAUGAAUGAGAAGGGUUGUGAAUGGCCUUUCGGGUGGAAGCAAUUCAUCGCCCGGAUGUCUCGCCGUCAAAGAGCGAGGAUACAUCACACAGGCUGGUCGCCACGAGUUAACGAACGAGCCUCGGGCAACAUUCAUACCGAGGCGAAGACACCUCAGACUUGGCGGACGAACCAAUGAAUGUAACAAUAAAAUAAAUUCCCCGCAUGACGGAAGGUUCCUUUUG